AUGGCAGGCGAACCAUCGUAUAUUGAUUAUGAGGCCUUCCUAGACCCGGACUUCUCCCCAGCCUCAUUUGCCAAUUCGCUGGUGGUGGCCACCAACAAUGCAACAGACACACCGCUGGACCUGUCAACCCCGCUUUCACGGGUAUUGUUCGACCUCCAAGAGAUCGACACCCACAUCCAUACGCUGACAACCAAAUCAGCACUCCCCCUGCUAACGCACACGCGGGAUCAAACCGAUGCCGCAAGCAAAAUUCUCAAUCAAGCAGACGAGCAGAUCGCUUCCGUAUCGCAGGGGUACGAGCGCCUGGAGCGUGAAGUCCUGCGCAAAUGGAAGGCAGCCGAAGAGGCUAGGGUCGCCACGGAAAACUCCCUGGCUACCGUGCGCCUCGCACGAGCCGUUGCACGCUGUAUCGCCCUAGGCCGGCAGCUUGAGGGCCAAAUGGCGGAGGUCUCUGGCCGGAGUGGCGUUUCUGGGAACGCCGACGGGGCGCUCGCCCCAAGCUCUGCUACAGGGCGGGAUGACUCGCGUGCCCUCGAGCGCGCUGCAUCAACGAUCGUGAGCCUGCGCCGGCUGCUUUCCGAUACGGGCGUGGGCGAGGAGGGCUUUGGUCUGGACCGGGUCAAAGUGAUCAGGGCCCUGAAAUCCGAGCUUCUGAUGCCGGCGGAGAAUCUCGUCAGGGCUAGAGCGCAGCAAGCUAUCAACCGGUUUUCGCUCUCGACUACACCUGCAAGCGGCGCCCCGUCUGCACAGCCAAGCUACAAGCAAGCACGCGAUGCGCGAGCCCGCUUAGUAUCAGGCGUCAACGUUCUGUAUCUCCUCUCCCCUCUGCCGGCGAAGAGCGCACGAGCCCAGCAGGAGGGAACAGACUUUCAACCGGAGCUCCUCCUCUCCACAUUACAGGGCUACGUCCAGAACACCACCGUAGCCUCGCUCAACAACCUCUCCCGCGCGCUGACCAUGCUCCCAACUCUCGAGCGCACCCUCCCCGACGUAUCCGCACGCUGCCAGGACCUCUUUGCCUUGGAAGCUAUCCUCAACGCAGUUCGUCCCCCAUCACACCCAUCUUUACCACAGCCAUCAGAACCAAAAUUAAACAUUCUCCAACACCUCCACGCCGCUCUGGAUACAUCCUCCCUCCCUUCGUACUUCUGGCGCUCUCUCGCCUCGUCUCUAUCCGGGCGCGUCCAGGAGAUCAUUCACCGCGGCGGAGUGUCGGCGCGGACACUACGCUCAAACCGCGACAGACUCAAGACCGAUAUCCGAGACUGCGUGCUGCGCGGCUCGCAGUUGCCACCGUCCGCGGUGGGAAUGGAGAAGCGGUCUGCUACUGAGAGUCAGGGGAACUGGGAGCGCGAAGCAGCGGUCAUGGUUAGCUCUGUGGUUGGUGUGGUCGAGCGGUAG